AUGACGGAUGAUGCCAACACCCCUCUUGCCCUUCGUUCCUCUGGCCCUCCCCUUCUCUCCGUCCACAAUCUACACACGUACUUCCCUCAGGAAGAAGGGACGGUCAAGGCCGUCGAUGGCGUCAGCUUCGAUCUCUACCCCGGCCGCACGCUCGGUAUUGUGGGGGAAAGCGGCUGUGGAAAGAGCAUGACGGCCAGGUCGAUCUUGCGAAUUGUUGACCGCCCCGGGCGUAUUGUCGCCGGGGAGAUCCGGUUUCGCCGCCGCAAACAACUCGAUGCCAACAGCGAUGACAUGCGGGCGGUCCGCGGCGCCGAAAUCGCCCUCGUCUUCCAAGAGCCGAUGUCAUCGUUCAGUCCCGUCCAUACGAUAGGCAAUCAGAUUGUCGAAGCCAUCCUGUUGCACCAAAAGGUAAGCAAACGGCAGGCACGGGCACGCGCCAUCGAGGUGUUCCGUGACGUUGGCAUUCCCCUCCCAGAGCAGCGUCUCGACGCCUACGCGCAUCAAUUGAGCGGCGGCUUGCGUCAGCGCGCCAUGAUCGCCAUGGCCCUGGUGUGCAACCCCAGCCUGCUGAUCGCCGACGAGCCAACCACGGCGCUGGACGUCACAACCCAGGCGCAGAUUCUGGAUCUCUUGCGCCACCUGCAACAAGAAUACGGUAUGGCCAUCAUGCUCAUUACCCAUGACCUCGGGGUCAUCGCUGAAAUGGCGGAUGACGUCGUGGUGAUGUAUCUCGGGCGCGUUGUCGAACACGCACCGGUGGACGAACUCUUCCACGCCCCCAAACAUCCUUACACGCAAGCCCUGCUACGCUCGAUUCCCCAUAUCCGCUCCCGCCCGCGUGAGCGCCUGGCAUCUGUCGCCGGGUCCGUGCCAGACCUGCAGAAGCUCUUCCCGAUUCGUAAGGGCUUUUGGAAGCGGACCGUGGGGCAUGUGCGGGCCGUUGAUGGGGUGAGUUUCACCCUCAAUGAAGGGGAAACGCUCGGGCUCGUGGGGGAGAGCGGUUGUGGCAAGACCACUACCGCACGCUGUAUUUUGCAAGCGCUGAAGCCAACCCAGGGACAAAUCUUGUUCCGCACGGAGGCGGGCGCGGUCGUCGACGUGGCCACCUUGGACAAAACCGAGCUGCGGGCGCUCCGACGAGAAAUGCAGAUGGUCUUCCAAGACCCCUUUACGUCUCUCAACCCGCGCAUGACCCUGCUCGACAUUGUGGGCGAGCCUUUACGGGUACAUGGGAUGAAGAAACGCCGUGAACGCGAAGCGCGGGUGGCCGAACUCCUGCGUUUGGUUGGGCUGCGGGCGGAAUACAUGCGGCGCUUCCCGCACGCCUUCAGUGGUGGCGAACGGCAACGCAUCGGCAUUGCCCGGGCUUUUGCGCUGCAUCCACGCCUGGUGAUCGCCGACGAGCCGGUAUCGGCGUUGGACGUCUCUGUGCAAGCGCAAAUUCUCAACUUGCUGCUUGACCUGCAAACGGAGCUGCGCCUGACCUACCUUUUUGUGGCGCAUGACCUGAGUGUGGUGAAGCAUAUUAGCGACCGGGUGGCCGUCAUGUAUGUUGGGCAGCUGGUCGAGUUAGCACCCACUGAGCAGCUUUUUAUGGCUCCCAAACACCCUUACACGGAUGCCCUGCUUUCCGCCGUGCCUGAACCCGACCCGCGCCAGCGUACACGACGUAUUGUCCUGCAAGGCGAGGUGGCCAACCCCGCCGAUCCGCCCUCCGGGUGUUACUUUCACCCCCGUUGUCCACAUGCAAUUGAGGUUUGCCGUACGCAGGCGCCGACGUGGGAAGAGGUCGCACCGCAGCAUUUUGCGCGUUGUCACCGCGCCCACGAGUUGCAGCUCAUAGGUGUGGAAGAAGUCGCCAGGACCACCUAA